AUGGCCACCAUGAAAGCAAUCCAUCCUCACCUCACAUCCAUAACCCUUGCCAGCACCAAUAAACUUCCCAAAAUCCAGGCCAAUCAGGAAACUGCAAUCAAUAUUCGCCCACAUCGAAAAACUUCUAACCCGGCCAAUCGCCUAGCUGAAUCACUUUCUCACCUCCUACAUCUCCAUGUUGGAGAACCAACCCAAAAAAGCCUUCAAUAUAGCACUAAUUGGAAUGCUCACGUUGAGGAGAAGCACAACACUCCAGUUAUGUCUCCUAAGGAAGACAUAUCAGAGAAAUGGCCCGAAAUCCACGGUUCUUAUGAGUGGGACAAUCUUCUUGAUCCACUACACCCGUGGCUUCGACAGGAGAUUAAGCACAACACUCCAGUUAUGUCUCCUAAGGAAGACAUAUCAGAGAAAUGGACCGAAAUCCACGGUUCUUAUGAGUGGGACAAUCUUCUUGAUCCACUACACCCGUGGCUUCGACAGGAGAUUGUGAAAUAUGGAGAGUUUGCGCAAGCAACAUAUGAUGCCUUUGAUUUUGAUUCGUUCUCAGAGUAUUGUGGCAGUUGUAAAUACAAUCGUCAUAGGCUUUUCGAUAAAUUAGGCCUUGAUAAGCAUGGCUACAAUGUGACUAAGUAUAUUUAUGCUAUGUCACACAUAAAUUUGCCUCGAUGGUUUGAGAGGUCUCACUUAGGGGAGACAUGGAGCAAGGACUCAAAUUCGAUGGGAUUUGUAGCAGUGAGUGAUGAUGAAGAGUCAAGUCGAAUUGGGCGAAGAGAUAUAGUUGUGGCAUGGCGUGGCACUGUGGCACCAUCGGAGUGGUAUGAAGAUUUUCAGAGGGAAUUAGAGCCUAUUGGGCAUGGGGAAGCAAAAGUGGAACAUGGGUUUCUUAGUCUUUACAAGUCCAAAAGUGAAUCAACUAGAUACAAUAAGUGUAGUGCCUCGGAGCAAGUCAUGAGAGAAGUGAAGAGGCUGUUGCAAUUCUACAAAGCAAGAGGUGAAGAGGUGAGUCUCACAAUCACUGGACAUAGCCUAGGUGGUGCAUUGGCGCUCGUAAAUGCUUAUGAGGCUGCUACUUCUCUCCCCGGCCUUCAUGUCAACGUUAUUUCGUUUGGUGCACCUAGAGUUGGGAACAUAGCUUUUCGAGAUGAGUUACAUCAAAUGGGUGUGAAAACACUACGUGUUGUAGUAAAGCAAGAUUUAGUCCCUCGGAUGCCUGGGUUCAUCUUCAAUGAAAGCUUACAAAGGUUUGAUGACAUAACCGGAACCCUAGAUUGGGUUUACACACAUGUUGGAGCCGAAUUGAAGCUUGAUGUGAGAUCUUCUCCCUAUCUUAAACACAGAUUCAAUGUGUUAGGAUUUCAUAUGUUAGAGACUUACCUUCAUCUCGUUGACGGGUUCCAUAGCACAGCCUCAACAAUUAGGUCUGAUGCGAAAAGGGAUAUUGUUUUGGUGAACAAAGCAUGUAAUAUGCUUGUGGAUGAACUAAGAAUUCCUCAUAGUUGGUACCAAGAGGCCAACAAGGGACUAGUUUGCAAUGCUCAUGGUAGGUGGGUUAAGCCUAAGAGGGACUCAGAGGACAUACCUUCACCAACUAGUGAAGAACAUGAUCAUGUGCUUGGGAUGAUGCACGAAAAUUAUGGAGAACUUGAACCCUUGUUAUGUGUAUAGACCACAGCAUUUUGUAAGUCAGAAGCUCAAUGAUGUAAUUUAGUGAUAAAACUUCACCAAAAUUAG